AUGGAAGCUGGAUGUAACAACUCAACAACUUUAGUAACUCCACCUACUCUACCUAUGAUUUCCGUCAAAGUUCUUGACAUAAAUUACUCGUUUUGGAUCUCACAAGUUCUUCUAACUCUGAUUUCUCAUGGUCUCCAUGGUUUUGUCAUUGGAAAAAGAGAGUUUCCUUCUAUGUUCAUAAUGGAGUCAAAUGAAGAAUCUGGAAAAUUGACCAAGAAAGGAAACCAUUCUAAGUGUAGUAGUUCAUAUGAAAUUUGGAGCACAUUAGAGCUACAUUUUCAAUCAAUUUCUAAAGCUCGAACCUUACAUUUGUGGAAUUUGUUACAAACUACCAAGAAAAAUGCUCUUAGUGUUAGUGAAUAUGUUUUGAAAAUGAAGGAAUUAUGUGAUGAAUUGAUUGCCAGUGGAGUAUCAAUUAGUGAUGAAGAACUAUUGUUAGACAUUUUAGAUGGACUAGGUCUGGAACAUGAUGCUAUAGUAGCAUCAUUAAUCACCAACAGUAGUAGCAUGACCUUGCAAGAGGCACAUUUUUUCUUGCAUAAACAUGAAAUUAGACUUGAUAGGCAACAUAAUUCAUUGAACAUAUUUCUUGAUAAGCUAGCCUCUACUUUGGUAGCCUUUAAACAAAAUUCUGAAGAUGUGACUAGCCAUGAUUCUAGAGCUAGUUCUAAAAAUCUCAAUUUUUCGAGAUCAUCUCACCAACAGAUUUUGUCACAAUCAAGCCUAGUUCCUGUACAGUCUCAAUUCUCUGGAUAUUCUUAA